CCUCUUUGCAGAUGCAUUGCUGUCCUUGAACAUUAGACCAUUUGAAGACACAAGGGAAGCUCAGCCAUGUCCAAGUACAAACUCAUUAUGUUAAGACAUGGAGAGGGUUCUUGGAAUAAGGAGAAUCGUUUUUGUAGUUGGGUGGAUCAGAAACUUAACGGUGAAGGAAUGGAGGAAGCUCGGAACUGUGGGAAGCAACUCAAAGCACUAAAUUUUGAAUUUGAUCUUGUAUUUACAUCUGUCCUCAAUUGGUCCAUCCACACAGCCUGGCUGAUCCUGGAAGAGUUGGGGCAGGAAUGGGUUCCCGUGGAAAGCUCCUGGCGUCUAAAUGAGCGUCACUAUGGAGCCUUGAUCGGUCUUAACAGGGAGAAAAUGGCUUUGAAACAUGGUGAAGAACAAGUGAGGCUCUGGAGAAGAAGCUACAACGUGACUCCACCUCCCAUUGACGAAUCUCAUCCUUACUACCAUGAAAUCUACAAUGACCGGAGGUAUAAAGUAUGCCAUGUACCCUUGAAUCAACUGCCACGAUCUGAAAGCUUAAAGGAUGUACUGGAGAGACUCCUUCCCUAUUGGAAUGAAAGGAUUGUUCCUGAAGUAUUAAAUGGAAAAACCAUUCUGAUAUCUGCUCAUGGAAAUAGCACUAGGGCACUCCUGAAACAUCUGGAAGGUAUCUCAGAUGAAGACAUUAUCAACAUCACUCUUCCUACUGGAGUUCCCAUUCUCCUAGAACUGGAUGAAAACUUGUGUUCUGUUGGGCCUCACCAGUUCCUGGGUGACCAAGAGGCUAUCCAAGCAGCCAUUAAGAAAGUAGAAGAUCAAGGAAAAGUGAAACAAGCUGAAAAAUAAAGUGCUG